UUCAAUAAAGGGAGCGGUUUAGAUACAUUCAUCUCUCUCCCUUUUUCAGUCCUAUAUAACAUUCGAAGCUACCACUCUUCAUCUGACUCUAAAAACUAAUCUCAAGUUUGAUCAAGAAAUUCAAGAAAGAUGCCUAAAGAUAGGAAGAUCGGAAUCGCGAUGGACUUCUCGGAGAGCAGCAAGAAUGCACUGAAAUGGGCAUUUGAGAACUUAGCUGAUAAAGGAGACACACUUUACAUCAUCCACACGUUAUCAACCUCUGACGUUGACUCUCAUAACUCUGCCUGGCUCCAAUCCGGUUCUCCUCUCAUACCGUUGGUGGAGUUUAGGGAACCGGAGAUCAUGGAGAAAUAUGGUGUCAAGAUUGAUAUCCCAGUUCUUGACAUGCUUGACACUGGUUCAAGGCAGAAAGAGGUGCAUGUAGUGACGAAAUUAUACUGGGGAGAUGCAAGAGAGGCGCUGGUCGAUGCUGUUGAAGAUCUCAAACUUGAUUCUAUUGUCAUGGGAAGCAGAGGACUCAGUGCCCUUCGAAGGUCAAAUGGUAAAGGUGCCCCCUAUUAAUCCUCUUUGACAGGUUUCGAUGCUCUCCGUGUUUCUAUGAUUUUUUAUUUAUUUGCAUCUCUAUCUUUAUACUUUAUGUCUUGUCACGCUUCCAUUAUUAUUGUAACUAUUUAAUUGCAUUUCACCUAGAUUUACUUUAUUUUUAAUAACUUGAUUUUGUUUAUGUUAACAUACUUGUUUCUUUGGCUUAUUUGACUUUCCCUUUUUCUUUUUAUUCUAUUUUCAUUUCAUUUAUAGAUAACAUUUUUCAGUGUUUUCAAAUUUAUUAUUUUCUCCUACUGACAUUCAAUUACUAAUAAAUAAUAAAAGUAAUUUAUAUUAAAAUAGUAAACAAUACAUUUAAUUUGUGUAUAAUAUUUGAGAGUAUUUAUUAGCGACAUGU